CCACUUGUGGUAUUCUCUAAAACGUAUUGUCCGUACUCGAAAAAAGCCAAAGCGAUACUGGAUUCGUUCACUCUCAAGGAACCAUACAAAGUGGUGGAAGUAGAUUUACGGGACGACGCGGAUCAAGUCAAGCAACGAUUGGGCAGCUUGUCCGGCCGAUACACCUUCCCCAAUAUAUUUGUCAAUGAAAAAAGUAUAGGCGGAGCGGCGGAGUUGCAGGAAAUGAAUAGCCAUGGAGAACUCCACCAAUUGCUG